AUGGCGACGCCCGGUAUCGCAACGGCAGUGCUCAACCAUCCGGUGCUGGGGGACGUUCAGGGCGUGCUUCUCGAGGACGGCAACAUCGAGCAAUUCCGAGGCAUACCGUAUGCAGCCAAAUCAGCAAGAUGGACAGACCCCGUUAUUCAAGAAGGAAAGCUCAGUACGGACCUAUUUGAUGCGACGCAGUUCGGACCUGCCUGUCCUCAAGGGGUGGGAGCCCAACGGGCGGACUUGAGCCUUGUCGGAGAUCUCCCCGUGGUGGAAAGAAACAUUGAAGAAAAUGAAAAUUCUUGUCUAAACCUGGUUGUUACCAGACCUCUGCAGAUUCCCCAAGAUACCAAAUUGCCAGUGAUGGUAUGCUACCGCGUUGGAAUCUUCGGGUUCUUAGCUUCAGCACAGGCUGGUCUGCGGGGAAACUAUGGACUGAAGGAUCAAGCUUGUGCUUUCAAAUGGAUUAAGAAAAACAUUGGCGGAUUCGGCGGUGAUCCUAGCUCGAUCACCGCCUUUGGAGAAUCAGCUGGGGGAAUCCGGAGGCCACAGUCAAUGGCUUGGCAAGAAGCAAUGCUUAGAGAGAACCUUGCGUAUCUUGGACUGGACGAAUUAGAUCUAAAAGAAGCUGCCAACAAGCUUCGCUUUCUUCCGGCAUCUGAUAUUGUCCAGGUGGUGCCGAUGGUUCAGCAUUGGAGUGCAACUUUGGAUGGAGACUUCCUCCCGGGGCUGCGAGUGGUAGAUCUCACUAUAACGAAUACGUGGUGCAAGAGCAUUUUGACAGGGGACAUGGCUCACGAUGGCACUAUCUUACGCUCGCGGUACUUGGAUAAAGCGGAUGCAAAGGAUAGGACAAUUGUCGCAUGUAACGAUAUUCUCGGGUCUGAUCUGACCCAGAAGGUCCGAACGGCGUACUUGCUUGAUACCGACAAGGCCGCAACGGGUAUGCUACUGCUCGCUUCAGAAUUGCGGUUCUAUGCGCCAGUAUUGGCAGCAGGCAAAGGCUUCGGAUUGCCCCACGAUACCAAAGUCCAUCAGUAUCAUAUGGAUCAGGUCAGUCAGCCCGUGGCUGGCUUUAUUCUCGGCAGGUUUCUGACAUUGCGUCCUCCUCAGACAAACCCGCUUCCAGGUGGUACAUGUGGGUUUGCUUCGCAUGCUCUCGAUAUUGCGUAUCUACUUCGCAACUUCGAGCCCUGGCUCACACGUGAAGAUGUCGAGUUGAGCAAGCGGUUCGCUGAGGCAGUGCUGGAGUUUGCGCACGACGGAAAACGAGACAGCGACGACGUGAUAGCUGUGGGUCCCGAUCACAAACUCGAGAUUUUGUCCCCUGAGCAGUAUGAUGCCAAGUAUCGGGACAGUCGAGGUAAACUACUCGCAGAGAUUGGCUGGAAGAAAUGCCUGACAUUGGGGGAGCGACUUCAGGGGUUUCCUUAUCCUGAGUUGUAA